AUGUCGGGCGUGCAAAGCUUUGUGGACCAACAAGUCCUUUUGGUGACGCAAGAUGGCCGUGUAUUGGUAGGUGUGUUGUGUGGCUAUGACUCCAAUGGCACACUUAUCCUUUCGUCCUGUGUUGAGCGGAUUUUCAGUCCUGAUGAACCAGUUGAAGAGGUACCGCUGGGUGUGUACAUCAUCCGUGGUGAUAGCAUUGCCCUUGUGGGUCCGCUGGAUCCAGCCUUGGAUCGCGCUAUGCCACUCUCCUCUCUCCAUGCAGAGCCUAUGCCAGCUGUGCGACACUACUAA